AUGGUGUCGCCAAAGCCCGAGUCGUACCAUGAUGCGCUCUACCAUCUUGCCGCAGCUGCAGAGUCGUCUCCAUCCCCACAGCCUGCACACUACCCGGACUCGCAACACUACCCCCCAUACCAACACGCGCACCAUUCGCACCAGAAGUCAACGCCACGUCAUCAUCCUCAAGGUCGUCACUUUGUGAACAUGCCGCCACAUCAUCGCACACCACAGUCACACGACCAGUACAGGUAUGCAGAUCAGGGCUAUUCUCCUGCAUCCGCAGCCGCCUCUUCCGCCUCUUCAGCGCCUCACCACUCUGAACCCUCUGCAUCGCGACCGCCGCUACCAUCCACGAGAUCCGCACCAAGCCUUCCUAAAGAUCGUUUGGAUGAGGCUGCUCGCGCAAAGCACCGCCUACCUGAAGCGUCUGCAAGCAGUGCCGCCUCUGCUGCUGCUGCUGAUGCUGCCGCCGCUGCCGCCGCCGCCGAGAAGAAGAUCUCAUGCAUGGAGUGCCGCCUCUCCAAGGUGAAAUGUUCCGGCGGCGACCUUUGCACCCGCUGCAAGCGACUGGGCAAGGAGUGCUACUAUAAAAGCCACAAACGCGGUCGCAAAUCCGACAGUUCCAAGAUUCAGAAGCUUGAACGCACCGUCGAUUCUCUCAGCCGAGCCCUUGAGCAGUUUUCCAAGAACAAGGUUGCACGAAGUCCCGGUAGCGCGCAGUCGCUGCCCAGAACAGGUCCAGCCGACGUCAAACGCGAUGUCCGCACGCAGCCCAUGGACGACCAGGAGACGUCCUCACCGGACACCUUCUGGAAGACGGUGGACGCCCAUCGAGCACCAGCUGCUCCUCUCUCGACCGCCAUGUCGCCGCCCGCCCACUCGCCACGUGCCAAUCUCACAGCAUCACAACGUGAAGCAACCGCUUCUGGCUCAAAGCGACCGUCGGAUCUGCAUCGACAGCGCUCUGCGUCAUCGUCCUGGCAAACGUCUCACAGCAUCGCCACGGCAACUCCUACAUCCGAUGAUCCGGACGAGCCGGAAAAUCUCGGACUUCCCACGCUCUCCAACCCUCUCAAGUUGCUCGCACACGCAAGUGACUCGGCUCGCGAAGGUCUUGAAGCGUCCGAUCCUGCAUCCUCGGAUUCUGCCUCAAAGGUAUCCGACAACAAGGGUGCCUCGGCGGUGGAUCAUCUUUCCAGGUCACGCGGUCGAACUGCUGCCCACGCCAACGGCGCGGCGGGAUCCGCCGAUCAAGGGCCUUCCUCCGCGGCGCUGAGACUCGAUUCAGCAGACGGCCGAACCAGUCUGUUUGGCGAAUACCACGGCUUGACAAAGACCAACACUGUCUCCCGAUUCGGUCCAGGUCGCGGAAAGGCCUUCUUUGACGUCGGUCUCUUCACCACCAAGCUCGACAAUUUGCCUCAGUUCGACCCCAUUGACCGCGGCUACCUCACACUCGCCGAGGCUGAGAGCCUCUACGCCGUCUACAUGGAUCGCAUCAAUCCCACCAUCACGCUGCUCGAUCCGCACCUGCACACUUUCGACUAUGUGCGAUCGUGUUCUUCUCUGCUGCUCAGCUGCACAUGUUGGAUCGCUGCGAAAUACAGGGUCGAAGCGAGUCAGAUUGCCGCCGAUCUCGAGAUGCACAUCCGCACCAAUCUGCUCCCCACCAUCCUCAUGGAGGGUUACAGGAAUGCAGAGAUCCCGCAGGCGCUCAUCAUCCUCGCCGCGUAUCACCCCCAGAUGAACACCAUAUCUGAGGACAAGGCGUGGGCUUAUUUAGGCUUCGCCAUCCGCAUUGCAUCGGAGCUCGACAUGAACAGCCGCAUCGCUGUUCGCCCACCCAAUCGUCAGGAUGACGCCGGUCUUGCGCGCCGCUUGCGCAACAGAGAGCGCACCUGGCUCAAUCUAUGGCUCUUCGAGACCAGUAUGAGCCAGCACAUGGGAAGACGUCCGACACUGGCAAACGAUCCCGUCGUCAUGGGAUGUGCUCAUUGGCACCUGGACAAGUUUGCGCUGCCAUCGGAUAAAGCCGUUGUGGCUGUGGUGCAGCUGCGAAUGCUCAUGAAACGCAAUACGGAGCUUUUCGAGAAUUUUGUCGAUGCCUCCAACUCGUACUUGUCCGCAGAGCGCACCGCCAAGCAGGUCGAGCUUUUCAGGCGCAUCUGCGCAAGUGACCUCGACACAUGGCUUGCAACAUGGACAGGACCUUCGCACCAGCAGUCGGAGCAAGCUAUGCCUCCAUCCACGACCACAAGGCAGGAAGCGGCUGAGGCCUUCAGCAACAGUUCAGCCGCAAAAGGCAGCAAGCCCAAUGGCAGCGAGCCGGAUUCCGAAAGCAGCGAAAGUCUUCCACCCACCUUGGGUCGGAUCAACCGUCUCAAGCUGUAUUACUGGUACGCCAGGCUCAUCCUCGACACCAUCGCGCUCAAAUGCAACCAUCUUGGCCUCGAAGUCUUGCGACCCAUCUACAGAGACGCGUAUGCCUGCUGCAUGGCGUACCUUGGUCUCUUUGUCGCGACCAUGGUGCCCAACGGCUUGUUUUGGGGACACAAUUCAGCGGUCGUCACGCCUGCGUACUGCGCCAUCUUUGCUCUCAAGAUUGUCGGUCUGAUCACGACCAACGCAACUGGGACGGCCAAUCUGCAAAGUGGCGGCGGCAAUUCGACGUUGGCGCAGCGUCAAGAGAAGGCGAACGACGAGGACAUCGGCAUCGACGUCGACGCAGAGUACACUUUCGAGAUGGUGGAGAAGCUGGCCAAGGCGUGCGAGGAUGCAGGAAACGCAACACCGCAUAGAAGAGCUGCGGCUGGUAGUUAUGCCUUUUUCCUGUUCACGGUUCUGGCUAAGGCCAAAGGCGCCUGGAACGCAAAGCUGGCGAGCAAGGAUGGCGAGGGUGAGGAUUUGACGGGAGCCAACGGUAGGAAGAGGGACAGGGAUGCCAAUACCGAGGCGGGCGGACGACAGAGUAAGGCUGCUCGGAAUGGCAAGGUCGGACCGAAAGGUGGCGAGCAGCGAGGAGACAAAACUGGUGUGUCUGCUUCCGGUCAAGGCGCCAUGCAGGGGCAUGGUGCUUCUGGCAAAGCAGGUGUGGCUGGUAGUCGACCGGCUGAGGAGGGCGUGUCAUCUGCGGCUCCGUCUGCAGAGGGCGACGACCUGGCCGCUUCCUCUGGCGGAGCAGGCAAUGCCGAUUCGGACCAGCACUUCCUUCGCCAGCUGAUGCAGUUCCAAGCGGGUCCUUCAGGUGUUCAGACGGCCAUCGUCCACGAUGCUUCCCUCGGUUCGCAUCCGCACCAACCUCCUUUCCACGGAUCGUGGCAACAUCAGUAUAGUCAGUACGGAGGCUUUGCUCCCAACCACCCGUCUUCCGGUAUGACGCCCACACCGCUGGAUGCAAACAUGUCGACCGUUGCAGCGUCCAAUGCCGCAUCCGCUGCGUUUGGCGCCAGCAGCAUGGGCGGCAUGGGCGAUGGGGCUGGAGCGAAUGGGAUCGAUGGUACGGGAGCAGCGGCAGCGGGAGGCAUGGUCGACAUCGAUUGGGAUUUUGGCAUGCUGGACGGGUUCUUGGGAGAAUCCUUGUUCAGCGAUAUGAGCUUCGUUUCUGCGUCGGCUACACCCGCCAACAUGAAUGCUGCUCAUGGUAUGUAG